AUGAAGGGCUCUAUUGCUUUGUUGGUGUUUGUGUUGGCGUUCCUGUCUCGCCGCUGCUAUGUACCUCUGGGUUUUGCCCUGUCUUGUAACCUUUCAUUCCCGGCUUUGCAGUGGCUUAUGCCUACUAAUGAAGGUCUUUUAGAGCCUGAUCAUUUGGAGAAGACAUAUAGAUUUUCACAAAGGGAUAUAUUGAAGGAGGUGGAUCUUUUGAGUUCAAGAAAACCAUUUGAUAUGAUCUUACCUGGUAAAUCUUAUGAGCCUAGCGGGCAAGUGGCAUGGAAGCGAGGAAAAUUGGGAGCGAGGCAGGCUGUCAAGAGCACGGGUUGGCUGGCCGAAGGUCUUGCACUGCCGUUGUUGCCAUCACAUUCUUCCUGUCUCACUGCUGAUUGCGAGAGGAAUCUCAAGCUUGUGCUCCUUGUGUUGCCGCCGGCACAGCACCGCCCCAUGCAUGCCCUCCCUAGCACAUGCUAUCACGAGGCCGGGCCACCUGAGGCCAGUGAUGCGAGACCUUACGACAUGCAAAUUGUGGCUGGCAUUGUGGUGCAAGUGUGCAUCGUUGGGAAGAGGAAAGAGGUGAGGGAAACUGUUCACGAUGUGACAUAUUUACACAAUGAGCAGUUGUAUGCAAUCUCUCAAAAAAUUACUCAUGGAAUAUUUUUGAAACAGGUAACCCUAUACAUAUAUAAUCGACAUGGUACAGAAAUUCACUGUCUGAAGGAACAUGGAAAAGCAUUGGAACUCCAAUUUAUGUCUAAACAAUUCCUCUUGGCAUCAAUAAACAGCUUUGGGCAGCUCCACUACCAAGAUGACUGGUCUGGGCUGUACGAUGUUAUGCGGGCCAAUCCUUACAAUGCUGUCAUUGCCCUUGGGCAUGCUGGUGGCAAAGUUGCCAUGUGGAAGCCAACCAGCGUGAAACCCCUUGUUACCAUGCUGUGUCAUCAUGGCCCGGUGACUGCUGUUGCAUUUGACAGGGGCGGCCACCUUAUGGCAACAACAGGUGUUGAUAGGAAGAUAAAGAUCUGGGACCUGAGGAAGUAUGAGGGCUAUCAAGUCGGGAAGGUUUCGUUCAACCCGUAUGGAGAUAUUCUAGGGUUUGGUCCCUCGAUGGGCUUUUCUUCCAUCCUUGUUCCAGGAUCUGCCAAGCAGGAGCGUGAUGAGGAGGUGCAUCCUUUCCUCAAUAAACUCCCACCGGAGACUAUCAUGCUCAACCCGAACAUGAUAGCCACUGUAAGAGCUCCAAAGAAUAAAGAGAAGAAGACCAGUAAGGAGAUUGAGGAAGAAAUGGAAGAUGCCAUCGAAGCCGCCAAGAACAUUGAGCGCAAAAAGAAGACCAAGGGUAGGAGCAAACCUAGCAAGCGGGCCAAUAAGAAAGAGGAAGAUGUUUUCAAAUCCAAGAGGCCCUUCCUAGAGCAAUCCAAGGAGAUUGUUGGGCGACCUGACAAGAAACAGCGGAUAGGCGAAGAUGUCGAACUCCCAAAAGGCUUGCAGCGGUUUACCAAGAAACCACAAUCAUGA